CUAAUUAAAUCUCUAAUAUUUAAAACAAAAAGCAAAAUACUCCCGAUUUUAUUAUUUCUUACUGCACUUCAAGAAAAAAAUACAGACCCUCAUGACAUUAAUUUUCUUCUGUGGAAGAUUAUAUAGGUGCUUAAGUCUUAGAAAGUAAAAAUAAAAAUUGUUGCUUUGAUACAGAAAUCCAAAAUGUUUAUCUUUAAGUGACAAGAAUUAGUGAAGCCGAAAAGAGUACCAGAAAACAAUCUUCCAUUGAAUCAAAGAAUUUUAGUCCAACGGAGAACACAGAUGGAGAUGUUCCCCAGUUGUAGCCUGCUUGCCUCAUCACCACACAAAAUGGGAAAGAAACAGAAUGGCAAAGGUAAAAAAGUUGAAGAGGCAGAGCCUGAAGAAUUUGUUGUGGAGAAAGUCCUGGACAGACGUGUUGUAAAUGGAAAGGUGGAAUACUACUUGAAGUGGAAAGGAUUUACAGAUGCUGACAACACAUGGGAACCUGAAGAAAACUUAGAUUGUCCAGAGCUAAUCGAAGCUUUUCUGAACUCUCAGAAAGCUGGUAAAGAAAAAACAGAUGGUGCCAAAAGAAAAUCUUUGUCAGAUAGCGAAUCUGAUGAUAGUAAAUCAAAGAAAAAGCGUGAUUCUGUUGAUAAGCCAAGAGGGUUUGCAAGGGGUCUUGAUCCUGAGCGGAUAAUUGGGGCUACGGAUAGCAGUGGAGAGCUUAUGUUCCUCAUGAAAUGGAAAGACUCUGAUGAGGCAGAUCUGGUGCUGGCCAAAGAAGCUAAUGUGAAGUGUCCUCAGAUCGUAAUCGCUUUUUAUGAAGAGCGACUAACUUGGCAUUCAUGCCCAGAAGAUGAAGCACAAUAAUUGUUUGCGUUGCUUUUUUAUAUAUAUGAAUAUUAAAACCUGAAAUUUGAUUUAUUAGCAAUGUGAGAAGCAUACAUUCUAACAAGAAUCAAAUUUGAUAUUUUUUUGAAGUAGUAUGUUUUGCAUCAACAGCAAGUAAAUAAAAGCUUUCUGCAACUUGUUUCAUUUAUCACAAGAGAGCAUUUGAUACUACUACUUCCUCCAUAUUAGGUAAAAGCUUUUAUAAAACAUUCAUAAACUUCCAUAGUUAUUACAGAAUCAUAAUGAAUGUCUAAACAAACUCACAGAUGUUUUGUAGUCUUCUAUACUAUUGAUGUGCAUGUAUCUUCUUUACCCAAACCUAGCCCUUUAAACCUGUAGAAUCAUUCUUUUUAGUAUUUGGGAUCACUUGGUCCCAAGAUGACCAGGUGAAAACUAACUUUGUAGUAAUUUGAAUGUUAUCAGACUGUAUAUUGUUUACUUUACUGUAAAUACUGGUGAACAGUGGUCAAUAAAAUAGUUUUAUAUUCUUCCUUUA